AUGCUGAAUCUCAACAGCCCUUCUUCCACCUUAGCCCGCCAUCAGCGUCGCAGAAACUCUGCCAAGCGCCGUGCACUUUCGUCAUCUUCCUCCUCCGAACAACGUAGCGCCAAGAAACAUUCUUCUGUCCAAGAUAAUGGCUUCUCUGCCAUUUCACUUCCUGUCAGUCUAUGUGGUAAUGCUCAUGUUCUUCGUCGGUGUGUCUCUGAUCUGUGUCAGUCUUCGGAGAAAUCAAUGCCGAUGAUGACGGCUAAAGAAUCUGGUUUGCCACCUUUGCCGCCGAAAUUACCGAGAUGUAUGUCUGCUGAUGUUAAAUCAGUUUCUCAUUCUUUGAACACUGAGGACAAUACACCUGAUUCAAAGAAGCUAAAAAGGAUGAAGGAUCGUUUGAGAGAAAUGAAACAAUGGUGGGAUGAUGUGAUGAAAGAAGAGGAGGAGGAAGAAGGUAUACAAGAAGAACAACAAGAACAAGAAGAAAAAGUGCAAUCUCCUGUUGCUGAAGAUGACAAAGACAAAUCUCAGGAUGAAUUUGGAGAAGAUAUUGAAGAGGCUGUGAGUGUAGAGUGGGCUGAAAAAUGUUUAAGUCUUACUUUCAAGUGUCCAUGUGGCAAGGGCAAUGAGGUUUUAAUUUCUGAAAACAAAUGUUACUAUAAGCUGGUGUAG